GAUCACAAUGGCUUUCCAUGACCGUAAGUACCCGACCACCUCCCUUGGGCAACAGAGUCCUCUAUCAAGACAAACAUGCUGACGCUCCAUCGUCAUGGAUAAAGAGAACAAAUUCCUCUACGCUCUGAGCUCCAACCAAGCUUGGGCCGGAUACAAAUCACACCAAAACCCUGCCUUCUUCAAGAACCUUGCCUCAGGACAGUCACCUUCAAUCUUGUGGCUAGGAUGCUCUGAUUCUCGUGUCCCCGAGACAACAAUCCUGGGCCUUCAACCCGGCGACGUCUUUGUCCAUCGCAACAUCGCCAACAUCGUGGCCCCGACAGACAUCAACACAUCCGCCGUCAUCGAGUACGCCGUCGCUCACCUCAAGGUCAAGCACGUCGUGCUCUGCGGCCACUCGGCCUGCGGCGGCGCCAAAGCGGCGCUGGGCGACUCCCGCGUCGGAGGCGUCCUCGACACCUGGCUCACUCCCUUGAAGACCGUCCGCGCCCAAAAUGCAAAGGAGUUGGACGCCAUCAAGAACGAGGACCGCAAGGCCGUCCGCAUCGCUGAGAUGAACUUUGAGACCGGCGUCAACGUGCUCAUGGCCAACUUCACCGUCCAAGAGGCCAUCAAAGAGCGGGGUAUGACUGUUCACGGCUGUAUCUUUGACAUUGCCAGUGGCCGUAUCCGCGACCUUGGGUUCGGAACCAUGGGCCCCGGUGCCACUCGGAAUGGCAUUAUCAAGAACGGAAAGAACGGAGGUGGGGAAGAGGAGAUCGUCCGCGGUCAACAUGCCCAGCUCGUGUUUCGUGACAGCGGAGACGCCCACAUGCAGGUUCGUUGAAGGUGGGAAGGACGACAAUGCGAUGAUGGUGUAACACCAAUGGGCUCCGUCUAGGUACGGUGACCACUUGUCUCAAGUUAGCCAGUGAGGGGGCGAUGUUUGAUUUUCUUCUUUGGGUUCUCAUUCUUGUACUGAAAGUUAUGCGAGGCGCAGGAAACGGAAUGACAGGCAAAAUCAAGGCCACAAAGUCAUGCAAAGAUAUCAAGGGGCGUCAUAGGUUUUUUGAGUUCAUGUGAUAAUAAU